ACAAACCAAGCUAAGCCAUUCUUCCUCCACCACAUCUCUCAUCAAAGACCUCAACCUAUUCCCGCAAUGGCUAGUGAAUUCUGCCAACUACAAGGGGCCUGCAAUUGCAGCCCAUACAGCCAAUUCAGCCUGUGUCUCGCCCAAUGACUGAAAAUGUACCCACCACUAGGGGCCACCCAAUGACUCAAGCAACCCACGAAAUAGCGCCAGUACCAGGGGUCAGCCAUCGACUACAGCUCGCCCUUACCUCGGUGAAUCACGCCCCACUUUUGGUGAAGGGCAGGCUCACCUUGGAGAAGGGCAGGCUCACCUUGGCGAAGCGCAGGCUCACCUUGCUGAAGUGCCUGCUGUUAGGGGUCAACCCCCCACAAAUGUGCCUGGUAUUUUGAAGAAUCAACCACCUGCCGGCAGGAGCGGCCAUUUGAUGAGGGAACGUCAUCUGUUCUCAAGUUCAGAUGAUAAUGCCAUGAUGAAGCAAAUUCUAGCCGCACAUGCUCCAGAUGGCCGUGAAUUUGAUGUAAAAACUCUCGUCUUCAUCGUUGAGGAUAUCAUGCGCCGUGCUACAUUUCUUGGCGAAGGAGCACAAAGUCAAGCUCCUGCUGAUACGUGGGAGGAUAGGGCUAUUCACGGCGGUUACACUGACAUGCUAGAACUUUUGGCAUAUCCCAUCAACAAAACAAAUUCUGAGCUAAUCUGCAAGUGCAGUUCGGGAGGAGAUGCACAUUCAAUAACUAUGGCACUCUUCCAGACACUGUCAAGCUAUACUUGGGAGGCCAAGGUGGCAAUAGCCUUUGCGGCUUUUGCUGUGAGUUAUGGUGAGUUCUGGCUGGUUGCUCAGCUUUACACCACAAAUCCACUAGCCAAGUCAGUUGCAGUUCUUAAGGAACUUCCAGAAAUAAUGGAGCAUGCUGAAGCGUUGAAGCAAAAGUUUGAGGCAGUUAAUAACCUCAUUAACGCAAUGCUGAAUGUGACUCAUUGCAUUGUUAAGUUCAAGGAGCUCCCUACACAGUAUAUUAACCCUGAAUCACCUGAAAUGAUAUCUGCUGCUGCCCAUAUCCCCACAGCUGUUUACUGGACCGUUCGUAGCAUUGUUGCUUGUUCGUUUAUACUGCUGAACCUUAUAGCCCUUGGACACGAGUUUGUCGCCUCAGCUGCAGAGGCGUGGGAAUUGAAUAGCUUGGCUCAUAAGCUUGCCAGCAUAAAAGAGCACCUGGAAAGGCAAAUGGAUGUUAUAAACCGGAGAAUAGAGGAGAGGAGAGAAAACGACGCAUAUCUAGCACUUGUUCGACUCUUUGAGACAACCCACGUCGACAACAUGAAGAUUCUUAGGGCUUUGAUAUAUGCCAAGGAGGACCAGCUGCCCCUCUUUGAUGGAACUCACAAGAGAAGAGCUAGCCUGGAUGUAUUGAGGAGGAAACAGUUGCUACUCAUUUCAGACCUUGACAUGUCCCAUGAAGAGCUCUCAGUCCUCCAUCAGAUGUAUACUGAAUCAAGGCAACAGCCAACUAGGCCAGAGAGUCAGUACGAGGUUGUUUGGCUUCCAGUUAUUGACAGAUUAUUACCGUGGCAUGAUGCAACUGAUAAGCAGUUUCAGUUUGUCCAAAACUCAAUGCCAUGGUACUCAGUGGCUCACCCAAUGAUGCUUGACCCUGCUGUCAUCAGAUUCAUCAAGGAGAACUGGGGCUUUAACAAGAAACCUCAGCUUGUUGUCCUGGAUCCACAGGGAAAAGACUCAAAUCGCAAUGCUUUGCACAUGAUGUGGAUUUGGGGUAGUUUAGCUUUCCCUUUCACUAAAGCAAAAGAAGAAGCACUAUGGAGGGAAGAAACCUGGAGGAUUGAAUUGUUGGCUGACUCCAUUGAUCCAAACCUUUUCCAUUGGGUAAAUGAAAACAGAUACAUAUGCUUGUAUGGUGGAGAGGACAUCGAAUGGAUCAGGAAAUUCACAAACACUGUGCGGGGUGCUGCAAAUGCUGCAGGUAUCCGACUGGAGAUGCUCUAUGUAGGGAAAAGCAACCCCAAGGAAAGGGUGAGGAGAAACAAUUCCAUCAUCCAGGCUGAGAACCUAAGCCACAUUUUGACUGACCUGACUCUGAUCUGGUUUUUCUGGGUGAGGCUGGAGAGCAUGUGGCACUCCAAGAAUCAACAUGGCAUGACAGUGGAGAAUGAUCCGAUAAUGCAAGAGAUUGUGACCAUGCUUAGCUUUGACGGAAGUGACCAGGGAUGGGCUGUAUUCUGCAGAGGUUCGCAUGAGAUGGCUAAAGGAAAAGCCGAAACAAUUUAUGAAUGCAUGAGCCAGUUUGAUCGGUGGAAGGACAAAGUUGUUUACCCCGAUGGCUUUGUGAUUGCGAUGAAUGACCAUCUUCGUGAGCUCCACACCCCCCAUCAUUGCAACCGCCUGAUAUUGCCCGGACCUACUGGGCAUAUUCCUGAGAGGGUGGUUUGUGCUGAAUGCGGCCGUCCCAUGGAGAGGUUCAUCAUGUACCGUUGCUGCAUCGAUUAAAUUCAGCAUUUGAGCUGAACCCAGGUCACGUUAGCUUUGGAGAACCAACAUUGAAUAAUAAUUACAAUAACAAGCAAGCAGCUCUGCUUCUCCAAGGUCCAAACUAAACUACUACUACCACCAUAUAUUCAAAGAGUUUGCUAUUAUUCCGCGUAAGAAUAAAGCUGCUGUACUUUUUGCUUCCAUGGCUUUUCUGCCUCCUACGAUGGCACUAAUAGUGCUGCGUGCUGUAAAAUAUUCCCAGUCGUGAAUAAACGAAACUUUUCUCUUAAC